AUGCCGGUAGUGAAUGAAUUGGAAUCAAUAGCUUCGUCGUUAGAAAGUGCCGUUAAAGGAACCACUUCGGAAAAGCUAACUUUGAGAGAAAAAUUGGAGCUAAUGGAAAAAUCGCUCACUGCUAUCAUCUGCAAAGGAAACGAACUUCAAUUUAUCAAGGUCAUUGGAACUUUCGCGGAAAGAGCUAGAAAUGAGUACCAGAGAAAGGAAAAAGAUUCCGAGUCCACGAUUUCUCAGCUUAGUCAAGAAGUUGCCGCAUUGAGGAAACUGGCCGAGGAAUUAAAGACAGAUGCAAUAGAGGGGGAAAAACUAAGGAAGCGGCUUCAUAAUGAGGUGCAGGAAUUAAAAGGAAACAUCCGUGUAUUUUGCCGUGUCCGGCCUCCUUUGCCCAGUAUUUGUUUUCUUUUAAACAUAGCUUCUGAUGGUGUUGAGGAGUCCGCUUUACGUCCAUGUGAGCAAGAGGUUGGAAACACUCAAAUAUCCUUCUCCUCGGAUCCCCUGUCUAGAACGGAAGGAAUUGAGCUUUCACAAUGGAUGGAUUCAACGUCGGGAUGUGUAAAGCCACAAUUGAAAAGCUACCCGUUUACUUUUGAUCGUGUAUUUAGCCCUACCUCAACGCAGGCUGAUGUAUUUGAAGAUAUUUCGCAGCUUGUUCAAAGCGUUCUAGACGGAUAUAGGGUCUGUAUUUUCGCCUAUGGACAGACAGGGUCUGGAAAGACCUAUACAAUGGAAGGCCCUUCUGGCAAGCAUGACCCUUCCUUUUCUGGAAUGAUUCCAAGAGCAGUUGCUCAGAUUUUUGAAACAUCCCAUAAUUUGGGGGUUAAAAAUGGAUGGAAAUUCCAGUUGGAAGCCUCUUUUUUGGAAAUUUAUAACGAAACUAUCAAAGAUCUGUUGGCGACUCCUAAAAGCAUUGCUGGCUGUGUUGAAGAGCUAAAGAAGCUCGAGAUUAAGCAUAACCCCACAACAGGCAAGACAUCUGUUUCGGAGCUAACAAUCGGUACGAUUGGGGCAAAUAUUUUACCGGCUUUAGUUCCUGUAACUUCGAUUUCACAAGUUAAUCGGCUUUUGAAAGAGGCAUCGGAAAAUCGGUCGAUUGGAGAAACCAGGUGCAAUGAAAGAUCCUCACGAAGCCACAGCGUAUUUACUCUGUCUGUGGCUGGGGAAAACCCAGAUACCGGUGAAAAGAUUGAGGGGCUGCUAAAUCUGAUCGAUUUGGCCGGAUCUGAAAGAUUGUCCUCGUCGGGGGCAACUGGAGACCGGCUCAAAGAGACCCAAGCUAUCAAUAAGAGUCUCUCUGCCCUUGGUGACGGCGAGCUUUUUUAUCAUGUAGCAAAUAAGGAAUCUCAUAUUCCGUAUAGAAAUUCCAAAUUGACCUAUCUAUUGCAAAACUCGUUAGGAGGAAAUUCCAAGACCCUGAUGUUUGUAAACCUCUCUCCUUCAAAGGAAUCGUUCGGCGAGAGUCUCUGUUCACUUCGAUUUGCAGCAAAGGUAAAUUCUUGCCAUAUCGGGACCGCAAGAAAGAAUUUGGCGAAAUAA